UUCUAGCUCAAGAGCAUGGAACUUAGUACAGAGCAGAAAACAAGCAGAGAGGAGGAAGAGAGCCAAAGAGGAGCAAGUGGUCGCUGGGGAGGGGAAGAAGUUAGGGCCUUGCUCGUGGUGUGGAGGGAGAGGGAAGCCUGGGACGAGACUGAGGACAAGGCCAAGUAUGAGGCCAUCUCGAGCCGCCUAAGCGAGUUGGGCGUGUGCAGGGACUGGCUGAGCUGCCAGGCACAAAGCAGAGCAAUGGCACUACCCGACUGGAGACCUCCAGCCAUCCGGACAUCGAUGGACAGCACCACCCAAAGGUCUUACGAGAUGGACGAAGAACAGACCAAUCCUGUCAGCAGAAGACAGGGGAACGCUUCUCUGAGCAACUUUCAGGAGGGCAGCGGAGACCAACAUUUUGUUCCUCUCUCUGGUAUGGAGGGAGGGAGACACUGGUCUGAUAAAGAGAUUCGGGCUCUCCUCAACAUCUGGGCUGACCGAGAAAUGCAGGUGCGGCUGCAGAGCACCCAUCGAAACAAGGCAAUCUUCCAGGAGAUGGCCCGCCGUCUGGAACUCCAGCAUGGAGUGGUGCGAGACUGGAGACAGUGUCGCACCAAAUACAAGAACCUUAAAUAUGACUACAAGGUCAGCAAGAACCAAGGUCGACCUAUGCGCUUCUUUGCGGAGAUGGAUGCAAUCUUGCAGGGCAAGGACACUGAGGAUUUCCUUGAUGAGGAGGAGAAUUCUCCCAGGAAAGGAACAGAGGUUGACCAGACAGCUGCGAGGAGAGAACCAGAAGAAGAGCAGUACAUUAAAAUUGACGAUGAUGAGAGUCUGGCAGAUAUGCAAACAAUAAUAAAUACCGGUUCUCAACACCUCAUCACAAAAGAUACAGGUUCAUCCAUAUCACCUGUUGCUCGAAGGCAAUCAGACGAGGAGAAUGUGAUCACGGUCCAUGACUCGGGCCGAAACUGGUCCGAGGAGGAAGUGGCAGCGCUGCUCAAUAUCUGGUCUGAGGAAGGAAUCCAACAGCAGCUGCAAGGCUCGACCCGAAACAAGGACGUGUUUGUGCAAAUAUCACGCCGGCUCCUUCAGCAGGGUGUGGAGAGGGAUUGGAAACAGUGUCGCACCAAAUACAAGAACUUGAAAUAUCUGUACCGAUCCCUACAGAGAGGCAAGGCUGAUAUCGGAGACACCAGGCGCAUCAUGAAGUUCUAUGAACAGCUAGACAGCAUUCUGUCCCAGCCAGUCAGAGGCCUAUACAGAAACUCUGGGAUGUUCAGUCCACCCACAUUAGAGGAGCACUCUAUCUGUGAACUGCCUGCACAUGAGGACAGUGACAUCAUUGCUGUCGGAUAUGAUCAGCAGACCAUAGAUGAUGCCAUGUUAAGGUCUCCAGGCAUCGGCACAAGAGCGUACCAAAAUGAGGCUAGAGCAGAUGCCAUUUUGAGGCCAGAGGAACUCACUGGAGUGGAAUAUGAAACAGCGGACCAGUUAAAUGGCAUGCUGGCAAGGUCAAAAGACAGCGUUCAGACAAGAUAUGAGGAACAGCCUUUGUCCGGUCAUUCUGUCACAGCAGGUACAUAUGGAGGAGGCCAGGAAUAUAAAGUAAAGACAGGUGACACAGAGACAACAUUCACAGACAGAGAUCCUGCCGGGUCGAGAAGAGGAAAAAAGCGGAAGGCCACAGAUGAAGAUUGCAGUGUUUUCAGCAAAAGGUUUCAGGAAUGCAUUGAUGAUGGAGACAGCAGCACGGACUGGUCUGAGCACAUUGACUAUCAGUGCAAAGAGGAGCAGGAUCAAUACAUUCCGAUUAUGGAGAUCAUCUCCGUGCACUCUAUGGCUGAAACUAACUAUAAUCAGGACAAAAGAGUUGUAACCGAAAUGGCGUCGACAUCAGAUCUGAAGCUUGGCAAAAAGCUCAGCGAGGGCAAGACCAAGCAGAUCUUUGAGCUGCUGGACAUGCCGGGCCAGGUUCUGGUCCAGUCUAAAGACCAGAUUACAGCGGGUAACGCAGUGAGAAAAGACCAGAUGGAGGGCAAGGCAGCAAUCUCCAACAAGACCACCAGCUGUGUCUUCAAGCUCCUGCAAGAAGCUGGAAUUAAGACUGCGUUCGUAAAGCAGCAUUCGGAGACGGCAUUCAUAGCCAGCCACUGUGAGAUGAUCCCCAUUGAGUGGGUGUGUAGACGCAUCGCCACGGGCUCCUUCCUUAAAAGGAAUCCAGGUGUCAAAGAAGGCUAUCGCUUCUCACCACUAAAGAUGGAGAUGUUUUUCAAGGAUGAUGCCAAUAACGACCCGCAAUGGUCUGAGGAGCAGAUCUUGGCGGCUGGCUUUGAGCUGGCAGAUGUGACGAUUGGCCGCUGUGAGGUGGACAUUAUGAGUAAGAGCACAGUUGCCAUCUUUGAGGUCCUGGAGAAGGCCUGGGCCACCCAGAACUGCACUCUUGUGGAUAUGAAGAUCGAGUUUGGCGUGAAUGUGACCACCAAGGAAGUUGUGCUGGCUGAUGUGAUCGACAACGACUCAUGGAGACUGUGGCCAGCUGGAGAUCGCAGCCAACAGAAAGACAAACAGGUAUACCGUGACCUGAAAGAGGUCACACCUGAGGCCAUGCAAAUGGUCAAGAAGAACUUUGAAUGGGUGGCUGAAAGAGUACAGCUGCUCCUGGAGCCGCAGGCGAGUGGGAGAGUUGUCGUACUGAUGGGCUCUACGUCUGACAUGGCUCACUCUGAGAGGAUCCGUAAAGCUUGCGGCUCAUACGGAAUCCCCUGCCAUGUCCGAGUCACCUCUGCGCAUAAAGGCCCUGACGAGACACUCCGCAUCAAAUCUGAAUAUGAGGGUGAUGGUGUCCCCACCAUUUUUGUAGCCGUUGCAGGGAGGAGUAACGGUUUGGGUCCAGUGAUGUCAGGAAACACGGUUUACCCUGUCAUUAACUGUCCUCCUGUUACGUCUGACUGGGGCGCUCAAGACAUCUGGUCAUCUUUACGUAUGCCCAGUGGUCUGGGCUGUUCUACAGUUCUGUCUCCAGACUCAGCUGCCCAACAUGCUGCUCAGAUCCUGGGCCUGACUGAUCACCUGGUGUGGGCCAAACUACGUGCCUCUAUGCUCAACAUUUGGAUCUCUCUGAAGCAAGCUGACAAGAAGCUUCAGCAGUGCAGCAUCUGAACACACAGCACUUCUGUUUAUGCUGAGCCAUUCCAGCUGUUUAACCAUUCCAUUCCACACUACUGCAUACAGCCUUCAUUUUCAGAUGAUUGAGGCUUUGUGAUCUAGUGCUGAGUCUGCAUAAUCUCAUUUGCAGGUGAAACUAAUAAAUAGAUUUACAGAAAACGUUCAUUUGGACUAUUGCUUUACAUAAAUAACUAUACACAAAGCUAAGUCUUCCUCUUUCUGGGCUUUGUCCUUAAUGCAGGUUACAGAAACCUCAAGGAUUCUGUCAUUAGACAACCAUGAUUAAUUGUGUAGUAUGAAUGAUCAUGUUGACUAAGUUUAUUGAUCAUUAUGGGGAAUUUAGUUUCUAUUAAUGUUCAGCUCUAAAAUAGCAGGGGGGAAAUUUCCAAUUAUGAAAUUAACAGGAGGAAAAAAUAAAUAAUCCAAAGAUGCAAA